CUUGAGGUUUUAAAGCGGGCUUUUAAAAAGCACUGAAAGCAGACACUUAAAAAAUUAAAGUCCUCCAGUAUUCAGCUUCAGGGGAUAAGGCUGCCACAGCAGAAUAUGCAUUGGGAGAAAUCCUCAGAACAGCCAAAUUCUCGACCAUACCAAGGAGUUCGUGUGAAGGAGCCAGUCAAAGAAUUACUGAAAAGGAAAAGAGGAAAUGUAAACACUAAUUUAACAACUACAAAAAUGAUGGUUCCUCAUACAACACUGUCAACAUACUCACAGAUUGGACACUCAGGAUUUAUGGAAGUCAGCAGUACAACCUCCAAUAUUUCACCUAUAGAUGAUGGGACCAUUUGCACAGGAUGGAUUGCCCAGCCAUCAUCCACAACUCUGCAGCCCUUGACGCACUGGAACCCUUUCUCUGAAUAUGUCACCCAUGAUGCAUCUGCUCCAUCCUAUACUGCCGACAUGUACAUGCAGCCAAUGUGCCCUAGUUAUACUGUGGUGGGACCAUCCGUCUUGACCUAUACUUCAACACCACUAUUCACAAAUUUAGGGACAAGAAACACAGCUGAAACUGUACUUCCCCAGGUGGAGUUCCAUGAACCCCAAGCAUCUGUGGCUUACAUUCCUUGGACUCAGCCUAUUUCAGCUUUGCCAUCUCAAGCCCUGCAGUGCUCAACAACUGCUACUCCAUUUCCGGGAACCCAGUUUCUACCUCUGCCAAUUACUGUGCCUGAGCCGGCACCCCAUGAACUGGAAGAAGCCAAUCGGGUCAUUGGCAGCCUGCCAAUUGAGAAACUUCUUCAGGAAGAUGAUGAUAAAGACACGAUCUUACAUAUUUAUACAGCUAAAGGAAUGAGAGAAUAUGCCAUUGUUACUGCAGAGAAAAUGAGAGAGUUGAAAUGCCUUGAUGCCAAGGAGCACCAUGGAAAGACCCCUCUCUUGGUUGCAGUUACAGCAAACCAGCCCUAUAUAGUUCAUGACCUUCUUAUGCUGGGAGCGGACAUAAACUCGGUUGAUGACAAAGGCCAGACAGCUAUACACCUUGCAGCCACAUAUGGAUACCUGGAGGUCAUUCAGGUUUUGCUGUCAUUAGCAACAAAUAUAAACUUAGAAGUACUGGAUUUUGAAGGUCACACACCCCUACAUUGCGCUGUAUUAACCCAUAAUAUGAUGCAUCAUGAGCUGAACCAUGAUCUCACCAUUUCGCCCAUGAAACUGAAGGAGCUUGAGAGAAAAAUAGUGGAAGUGAUGAGCUGUGUCAAACUUCUUGUCCAUGCUGGUGCUUGUGUUACCAGUCAGGACAUUAAAAACAAUAACUCAGUGCUACAUCUUGCAGUACAAAAAGGAAAUUACUCACUUCUGAAAUUUUUCUUAGAAGCAAAAGGGGGGAAUUAUCAUGAUUUCAUUAACAUGAAGGGCAAAAGAGAGUACUAA